AUGGGCUUGUUGGCGGCCCUGGUUCUGGCCUCACAGCUGUUGCUCCAACUGGGCUCACAUGUGGAAGCCCAGGCUCUAGUCUAUGAUCUGCUCACCUCGCCUGAUUGCCUGCCAGACCUGCUGCAGGGGGGUCUGGCCGAGCAAGGUGUGAACGAGGCUUUCAUCCUGGCCACCUUCAAGCUGCAGCCCAAGACCGGCACCACCGUGUUCGGCCUGUACAACCCAAGGGACAACAGCAAGUACUUUGAGUUCACCGUGAUGGGGAAGCUCAACAGAGCUGUGUUACGCUACCUGCGGACCGACAAAAGGAUGAGCUCAGUCACCUUCAACAACCUGGUGCUGGCGGACGGCCAACAACACCGACUGUUGUUCCACCUGAAGGGGAUGCAGCAGCAGGGGCCAGGAGGGGUGGAGCUGCAUCUGGACUGCAGGCUGGUGGAGACAAUCAGGGAUCUCCCCGCUGCCUUCCAGGGUUUGCCAGCAGGCUAUGGUACGGUGGAGCUAAAGACCAUGCAAACCCGAGACCAGGAGAGCGUAGACGAGCUCAAGCUGGUGGUUGGAGACACUUUUGAGAAUGUCGCUUCAUUACAAGACUGCCAUUUCCAACAAAGGGACUCGGUUCAAACUCUGGGGGUCAACACGAAGCAGCUGUCAAAUCAAAUGCUGGAGCUGACCAAGGUGGUAAGUGAGCUGAAAGACGUCCUCAUUCAGCAGGUCAAGGAAACCUCAUUUCUCAGAAACACCAUCUCAGAGUGUCAGGCCUGUGGCUUGGGUGGAACUGAGGUGGUGAAACCAAGGUGUGUCCCAGGUGUCUGUUUCCGUGACGAUAUGUGUAUAGAGACAGCGGAAGGUGUGGAGUGCGGACCCUGUCCCGAUGGUUACACCGGGGACGGUUACAACUGUGACGAUGUGAACGAGUGCCAGUUUAACCCCUGCUAUCCCGACGUGAAGUGCGUCAACACCGCCCCGGGCUUCCGCUGCGACGCCUGUCCGCUGGGCUUCACCGGCCUGGCUGUGGAGGGUGUGGGGGUUCUGUACGCUCAGACCAACAAACAGAUGUGUGACGACAUUGAUGAAUGCAAAGGACCGAACAACGGAGGCUGCACCGCAAACUCAGUCUGUUCCAACUCUGUGGGCUCCUACCAGUGCGGCACCUGCAAGACGGGCUUCACCGGAGACCAGCAGAAAGGCUGCAAGCCGGAGGUCAGCUGCGGCAACAGCCUGACCAACCCCUGCGACGUCAACGCCCAGUGCAGCGUAGAAAGGGACGGGUCCAUCUCUUGUCUGUGUGGAAUUGGCUGGGCAGGUAACGGGUACCUGUGCGGGAAGGACACUGACAUUGAUGGAUACCCAGAUGAGAAACUCAAAUGCAAGGAUUCAAGCUGCAGAAAGGAUAACUGUAUGUACAUCCCUAACUCUGGUCAAGAAGACGCUGACAGGGACAGCCAUGGAGACGCCUGUGAUGAUGAUGCAGAUGGUGAUGGUAUUCCAAACGAACAGGACAACUGCUGGUUGAAGCCCAACGUGGACCAGAGGAACAGCGAUAAGGACAGCCACGGGGACGCAUGUGACAACUGUCGCCUGAUGGAGAACCCCGACCAGAGGGACACAGACAGCGACGGCAAAGGGGACGCCUGCGAUGAAGACAUGGACGGAGAUGGCCUGAAAAACAUGCUGGACAACUGCCAGAGACUCCAGAACAGAGACCAGCGGGACCGAGACGGAGACGGAGUGGGGGACGCCUGUGACAGCUGCCCUGACAUCUACAACCCAAACCAGUCUGAUGUUGAUAAUGACCUGGUCGGAGAUUCCUGCGACACAAACCAAGACAGUGAUGGCGACGGUCACCAGGACACCAAGGAUAACUGCCCGUUCGUGAUCAAUAGCUCUCAGCUGGACACAGACAAAGACGGCCUGGGAGACGAGUGUGACGACGACGAUGACAACGACGGCAUCCCGGACAUGAUUCCACCGGGACCGGACAACUGUCGGCUGGUACCAAACCCUGACCAGACUGACGACAACAAUGACGGAGUUGGAGACAUAUGUGAGUCCGACUUUGACCAGGACAAAGUGAUCGACAGGAUUGACAACUGCCCCGAGAACGCUGAGGUCACCUUGACUGACUUCAGGGCCUAUCAGACAGUGGUGCUGGACCCAGAGGGUGACGCCCAGAUCGAUCCCAACUGGGUCGUUUUGAACCAGGGAAUGGAAAUAGUUCAGACCAUGAAUAGUGAUCCAGGACUUGCUGUUGGCUACACUGCUUUCAGUGGAGUGGACUUUGAGGGGACGUUCCAUGUGAAUACAGUGACUGACGAUGACUACGCCGGCUUCAUCUUUGGCUACCAGGAUUCCUCCUCCUUCUACGUGGUGAUGUGGAAGCAGACCGAGCAAACCUACUGGCAGGCGACACCCUUCAGAGCUGUAGCCGAGCCCGGCAUCCAACUCAAGGCGGUGAAGUCUAGAUCGGGCCCCGGGGAGCACUUAAGGAACUCGCUCUGGCACACGGGAGACACAAAUGACCAGGUGCGUCUGCUGUGGAAGGACCCGAGAAAUGUCGGCUGGAAGGACAAGGUGUCCUACCGCUGGUACCUGCAGCACCGCCCACAGGUCGGAUACAUCAGAGCUCGUUUUUAUGAGGGAACUGAGCUGGUCGCUGACUCUGGAGUGACGAUUGACACGACCAUGAGAGGAGGACGGCUUGGCGUGUUCUGCUUCUCUCAAGAAAACAUCAUCUGGUCCAAUCUGAAAUACCGCUGCAAUGACACCAUCCCCGAGGACUUCCAGGAGUUCAGCACUCAGCACGGCACUGACUCACUCUAA